GCUGCUGUUGCCGCCACAGCUCUCGUCGCCGCCUCCCCUCCCCCUCCUCUCUUGUCUCUCCCCGGCGGGGGCUCCUCGCUACAGCCUCUCUGCUCCGCUCUCGAUCAUGUGACCCUAACGUAACCGGACAGGAAAAGCCGCCGCCGCCGCCGCCGCGCUGACUCCGUUGUUGCUGCUGCUGCUGGGCGCGCGGAGACGGCGGGGGCCCCCCGAGAGCGCGAGCCAGAUUUUAAAAGAUGGAUUUGGCCAACCAUGGGCUUAUUCUUCUGCAGCAACUUAAUGCUCAAAGAGAGUUUGGUUUCCUGUGUGACUGCACAGUUGCUAUUGGUGAUGUCUACUUCAAAGCGCACAAGUCUGUUCUUGCUUCUUUUUCAAACUAUUUCAAGAUGCUGUUUGUUCAUCAGAGCAGUGAAUGUGUCCGUUUGAAAGCAACUGACAUACAGCCAGAUAUAUUCAGCUAUCUCUUGCAUUUGAUGUACACUGGGAAGAUGGCACCUCAGCUCAUAGAUCCUGUUCGAUUAGAGCAAGGAAUAAAGUUUCUGCAUGCAUAUCCAUUGAUUCAAGAAGCCAGCCUAGCCAGCCAAGGAAACUUUGCACACGCAGAGCAAGUUUUUCCACUGGCAUCUUCAUUAUAUGGUAUUCAGAUAGCAGAUCAUCAAGCAAGAAAUCCCACAAAAACAGCUUCAGCAGCUGACAAACCAGUGCGAGAACCAAGGCCGCAACCAUCCCGAGUAAACCAAGAACAGGUGCAUGAAGGCUCUCAGUCAUCACAGCUACCACCACCAACUCUGCCUCAGUUGCCCCAGACAAAUAUGGCCCCUUCUGACCCGCUGCAGUCUUCAGUGUCUCCAGAAUUGGUUCCGGCUCCUCCUCAUUCUUCUCCACCAGGAGAUGAAACCAACAUGGAAGCCUCUUCUUCAGAUGAUCAGCCUGCUUCUCUCACAAUAGCACAUGUCAAACCAAGCAUUAUGAAAAAGAAUGGAAGCUUUCCCAAAUACUAUGCUUGCCACCUCUGUGGCCGACGAUUCAAUUUGCGUAGUAGCUUGCGUGAACACCUUCAGAUUCACACGGGAGUGCCAUUCACAUCAAGCCAACAUGGGGAAAGUAGUGUUCCUCUGUCUCUUUGUAACAGUGCUCCUGAAAAAGAUGCUAUGGAAGUGCCUGAAGCGGGAAUGAUUAGUGACAGUGAGCUGCAGCAGAUCUCAGAUUCACCAAUAAUUGAUGGACAACAGCAAGCAGAAACACCACCACCCUCUGACAUUGCUGACAUAGAUAACUUGGAACAGGCAGAUCAAGAAAGGGAAGUUAAAAGACGCAAGUAUGAAUGUUCCAUUUGUGGACGCAAAUUCAUUCAGAAAAGCCACUGGAGAGAGCACAUGUACAUACAUACUGGCAAGCCUUUCAAGUGCAGUACCUGUGAUAAAAGCUUCUGCCGGGCCAAUCAAGCUGCUAGACAUGUGUGUCUAAACCAAAGCAUGGACACAUACACCAUGGUAGACAAGCAGACUCUGGAGCUUUGUACUUUUGAGGAAGGCAACCAAAUGGACAACAUGUUGGUACAGACCAACAAACCAUAUAAAUGCAACUUGUGUGACAAAACGUUCUCCACUCCCAAUGAGGUUGUCAAACAUUCGUGCCAAAGUCAAAACUCUGUUUUCACUCUAGAAGAAGAUAGAUCCAUUCUGUUAGGAGGUGGGGACGGUGAAACCACAGAGAGUGAUCACUCUGUCCUAGACUCUAUCAAAAAGGAACAGGAAGCAGUGUUGUUAGACUGACUGAGACUAACAUCAUUUUUUUAAAAGUUUGUUUCAUUCAUUUUUACUAAACUCAUCCUCUUCCCCUCCCCCAACCAAAAUUACACUGACAUGGAAAGAAGUCUGACUGUCCUUUUCCCAACAAAAAGUAUAAAUGUAAUAAAGGGUAUUGUAUGAAAUCAUAACAAUUGAUUUUAAUACAGAGGAAAAUAUGUAAGGGUAAUUCAGCUAACUAUGUGAUUAUUGAUAGAAAAUGUAUCUAACAAGUUCUAAACAAUUUUAGGCUAUUUAAAUGUAUACUUGAAUGCAGUGGGAUGCAAGAUGUGAAGAAGAUUGAAAAGAAACAGAAAAUAUAUUUAAGUACAAUUAUUUUCUCUCCUAAUAAGUUGCCUUUUAUAGGAAGAGUAGCUUCAGAAUUCUUUCAGUUCUACACUUAUAAACUAUACAGUUGUCACUUUACAAAAACUCAGAAAUUCCCAUAAUGAAUGAAGGAAAUUCGUUUAGUGCACAGGGUUGGGGUGUUGUUGCUUUUUU